UUUGCGAGAGAAGAUGCUGCUGCGCCUCUGUGAGGAAAUCGGGUGAUGUGCGCCCGCGGAGCGGUGGAACCACGACAUCCCGCUGAACUUCAGGGGCACCGAGAACCCAAAUCCAACUCCUGACACACUCAGACCUGGAGCCACUUACCGUGGGGAUCGUUUCACUCCUGAGGAAAGGUUUUUGGUCACACAUCUGGGUAUACGCGCGCAGGGCUCGAGAGCACCAGCUUAACUUUCUGGAAACGCUCACCAGCUCAUCUCACCAUUCCCAUUGAAAUAGCUGUAUUUCAGUUUUUGAAUCGUAGUAAAUAUUUUUACUUUUUACUCGCUACUUUACUGAGUUAUUUCAUAUUUGUAGGCGCGCGUCUCCAUACGAAGACGCACGGGAAUAUUGCAAGUGUCUUUUUUUGUUGCUCUGACGAGAUCUUUUAUGUUAUAUAUUCCAUCGCUAAAAAUUCAAAAUUCGAUUGUUUUAUGCCCAGUCUCACCUUCAAAACUGUACUUAAUCGACAAAGAGAAAGCAGAAAUCUGGGCAAAAUAAGUUUUUGUUUUUUCGGCAUUUUGCAGCUCAGCAUGGACUGACCCACCCAGCCAUAUAUGUAUAUAUAUAUAUUUAUAUAUUUAUAUAUCGAUUUUUAUUGGGGGAAACCUGUUUUUUCGGACGGAGAAUUAUAACUGAGAAGCACUGAUCAGCGUCCUGACGCAUUGACCUGGACUGUUGUGUGUGCUUAAAAUGGACUUGGAAGACCUCCCGCGGAGGGGAGAAGGGAUCUAUCAUCUGAAAACAGAGUGACACACGACAGCAACUGAGAGAUAACCCCACCAUGGCCUCAGUUCUGGACAGUGGCUGCUCCAUGGAGCUGAUUGGCUGGAACAGCAGUGUGGGCAGCUCCGGGGCUUCGGCGCCCUGCAACCAGAGCGUGCGCGCGCUCGCGCCAUACUCCCCUGAAGCCACGGCGGCUUUCGCCACAGCCAUAACCUUGAUGGUCGUUUUCACCAUCGUGGGGAACAUCAUGGUCAUCAUCGCCGUGCUGACCAGCAGGUCACUCCGAGGUCCGCAGAAUCUGUUCUUGGUGUCGCUGGCCGCCGCGGACAUUCUAGUGGCCACGCUCAUCAUCCCCUUCUCCCUGGCCAACGAGCUGCUGGGCUACUGGUACUUCAAGUCUCUGUGGUGUGAGAUCUACCUGGCGCUGGACGUGCUGUUCUGCACCUCCUCCAUCGUGCACCUGUGCGCCAUCUCGCUGGACCGCUACUUGUCCAUUUCCAGGGUCACCUAUGGGCGUCAGAGGACUCCCAGACGCAUCAAAGCCGCCAUUGUGGUGGUGUGGCUGAUCGCGGCCAUCAUCUCCUUCCCUCCUCUGCUCUCGCUCAACAAAAGUAAAGGAGAAGAGUCGGCCAGGGAGAGAGGGCCGCAGUGCCAGCUGAAUGACGAGCGCUGGUACAUUCUUUACUCCACCAUGGGCUCCUUCUUCGCCCCAUGCCUCAUAAUGAUCCUGGUCUACCUGAGAAUUUACCAGAUUGCCAAGCAGAGAACGCGUUGCCCACCUGGGGAGCCCAGGAAGGACGGAGUGGGCUGCGCGACGCCAAGUCAGCCUCCAAGACAAGUGCAGGCCAAUGGGAAGAACGACGAAGACAGCACGCCCCCCUCGUCCAACAAAAGCUCAAAUCCCAGACCACCGACCCUGGCCAUCACCCCCUCCCCGUCCCAAGGAGAUUGUCCGGCCUCCCCAAAUCCCACGCCAAACAACCUCCUGCAGCCUCCGUCCCCUUCUCCCGCCGUUUCACCCGUCACAACCUCCCUCGACACGUCGCUCCACGGCCCCUUGGCCCCCUCCCCUGCGACCCAGCCCGCACCCAACAAGAAAGAGGAGGGCAAGAAAGGCAAACGCAUGAGAGGAAAAAAGGCCGACAACAACAACGGGGACAGCUCCAGCACGGAGAGCGACAUGGAGCACAGUCAGGGCGGGGGGCGCGGCAGCGCCAGCAUGCCAGGGUCUCCUGCCGGGGGGGGGGUCCACUCCCCGGCCUCGGUCAAACGCUACCGGGACAUGAUUGCCACUUCAAAAGGGGCUCGGCUGGUGCCGGGAAGGAAAUCCAAAAUGGACAACAACCCCGGGGCAGCGCGACGUAAAGCCAUGGUCAACCGAGAGAAGCGCUUCACCUUCGUCCUGGCAGUGGUCAUCGGCGUGUUCGUGGUGUGCUGGUUCCCUUUCUUCUUCUCCUACUCUCUGCAGGCAGUGUGCCCAGAGACCUGCGUCAUCCCAGAUCCACUGUUCAAGUUUUUCUUCUGGAUUGGCUACUGCAACUCGUCCCUCAACCCAGUCAUAUACACCAUCUUCAACAAAGACUUCAGAAAGGCCUUUAAAAAGAUACUGUGCAGAAGCACAAAGGGUACUUUCUUUUAGCAUACAGAUAUACUCAGCAGGGCGUUGACACAGAAAAAAAAGGCUAAUCUUGUGGCAUGAAAAAAAAACAAUCUUUUCCAAUUUUCAGAAUUCUUAAAGGGCUGUUUUAAAAAUAUGCUAAACUGUGGAAAAUUCCAGCAUGAAACUCAAAGCCGAAAGACACUUUUGCAGCCACAGUGCGCAAACCGGCAAGUUGGUCUGUGAAAUCCCUGCUUGCAGCUGAUAGACAGAAAUUUUUUACAGGGUGUGAGAUGAAAACCGGGCAUGGAAAAGAGGCUGAUCAGUCUGAGUGCUUUAAACGGCUUAGUACUUCGGUAUUAAUAAUGAGAUAAGGAUAGGAAUGCAACAUGUUAUCUGCAGAUCACACUGACUAAUGGAUAAUAGCGACAGACAAAGUGAUGCAGCAUCACUGAGGACAUGUACAUAGUCAAAAAUAUGUUUAAAAACGAUAGGAAAGCCAUGCAUAAGCAGGAAAAACCACAGAGAUUAAAUUCUCCAGUGUGAAUAAAGACUAUUAGAUCUAUAUCAUGUUUUGUAAGUUGUCCAGGACUAAUGGAUAAAGAAGGCAAGUGACCUUAGAUACAUGUGAGCCUUGGGCCUUUUUAUUUAUCAGUACAGAGCACAAGGAGGACACAAGGUUAGUGGUGAUUUCUUACGUCUGCAGUCUUAAUUUGCCCAGCUUCAGGGCAAACAUGUGUUCCUUGAUUUUAAAGUACAACAACAAGAGAAGGUUUCCAACUAUCUCAGAUGUGAUAGCACAAACAAGGGCACCCUUUCAAACUUAACUUGUGGACUUUUAUGUGGAAAGCCACCUUGCUCUUGGCUUUGCAGCAGUCAAAAAUGGACACAAUCCUGGCUUUCACCUUUACCGAACAAAAGAAUGAAAGGAAGUGUGGUUGAUGUUGGACUUCACAUGGAAAAUCACAUGCAUGUAAUGGAGAUGUAGAAAAAAGGGUGAUGCGACCCCCGUCAUCCUCUUGACGUGUUAUUUCCUGUUUAACUAGACUAUUACAUUAACAGAAUGACCUGAGCAUCUCAUCCAGCGAGCUGCUUCAGUCUUUGGACGGUUUAAAUGUCACUUGGAGCGUCUUUCUGGGACGUGGCUCUGCUGAAGACUGAAAAAUCUGCAAUGUUUAUAUAUUUGCGAUUGCAAAGAUUGUUUUCUCCGAUUCCUUGCCUGUCCUAAGCAGCAGUAUUUACCAGGUGGACGUUUAUAUCACUACAAAGGACAGUCAAACAAUGCAAUUCCAGAUGUGUGACUCUACUCUUAAUUACAGCUGUUGGGGUUAUUCUGAAAACAUGUGGCAGAGUAAUUUUCUCCUUACUCCUCUGGCACAUCAUCUCCUCCGUAUUGGCACUUCUGAUGUAUUGCUUGGUGGCAGGAGAAGAUGUAUUUUUUUUCCUUUUCUAACCAUGACACUGAAAAAAAAAAAAGAAAAGAAAAUGUGUCUAACUGUGAACAGCACACAGGUUUAUUGACUCUACGGGACAAGGGCUGUCAGCAGGAAAACAUCAAUUUACUAAUUGUUUAACUCUGCUGACCUGUAUGAGUGUGUGUGUGUGUGCGUGUAUGCGUGUGCGUAUGCAUGUGUGUGUGUGUGUGUGUGUGUGGGUGGGUGGGUGUGUGUGUGUGUGUGUGUGUGUGUGAAUAUGUAAGUGUUGGUGUGUGCAUGCGUACUGACCUUAAUGUUUUUCCUUUUUUAUUCUAUUGAAAGUGUCAGUGCCUCCUCUGGCUGCUAUGUACUACAGAUCUACUGCAUCACUGAAGAGCAGAGAACAGAUUUGCCCGUACAGGCAUCACAUUGGUGUCUGUCACAUGAAUGUUUCACCCAGUGGGAAGAUUGACAGACGAUGCCGAGACGGUGUUAUUGAACUGAACGUCAGUGCUUAUCCGUAAUGGUUUCUGAGUACAUGGCUUUUUAGUGAUCACCCUCAAGGGACCAUAGAGCCUUAUAGGACAUAAGCCCGACUCAGUGAUCCCUGGCUCUGUGUUGAUUUGAUGAAGUAUUGGUUUAUUUUUUAUGUUUGUGACAGCGGGUUCAGAUUGAAAACACCUUUAUUUAUUUCAACCUGUUCUGUAUUUUCUGUCUGUUACCUAUUUAUUGUUAAGUUUCCCUGCUUUUUUGUUUUUUCUCCGAAAAUCAAGCAAAUUGAACAAAGAAUGAGAAAAAUGUACAAAUUUUGAAGUUAGAAAUGAGAGCAAAAUUGGCUCGGAGGAUGCUUCGUGGGAAUGUUUAAGUCCGGAGUUUGUAUUUGUGUUGAAGUGAAGGAGAAAGUAUUGUGCUUAAUACAGAACCUGCAAGGUAACAUUUGUCAUAGUUUCAUCUAGUUAUAGCACCAUAAAAUGUUUCAUUAGAGGUACAUCGAGCAAACAGCAGAAAAUAUCUCCUCACCCCUGCUACAAUUGUCAACCUUCAUCUGCAACAGUAAUCGCGCAUGAAAAUUUCAGAAGCACCCACAAGCUGUUUCAGAUGGGACAUUAAAGCUGCAAUCCACAUCACACAGGGCUGCCGAUAUUUGAAUAACUAAUUGAAUUAAAUUGUUGUGAGCAAUGGCUCCAUGUACUUAUUCAAACUGUCCCAGACAUUCAUUUGAAACGGUUAUUUUCUCUGCAGAACUGUGGCUACAAAAAUAUGACAAAAAUAGCUGCAGAUGUCACGGACUGAUGGCUGUUUUCAAUAAAUAUGAGUUGCAGUGCUGCUCUAAGUCACCGACCAUACCCUCAUGUGGUGAGACUGCUGCUGUGUUUGUUUUGAGGAGUAAGAAUUAUGGCUUAAAGGGGGCAGAUGCAGUAAUCUGCUUCUUGAUCACCAUCCUUUUCCCCCUGAAACCGCCUGUAUUGUCUCUUCCCCAACUGUGUUUGGGCCUAAGCUUAACAAUCUUCUGUCUCCCAUCUGUCAUCAGCCCCCGUCCAGUUUGGAAAUAAAGCAACUUGAAAAAGCA